AUGGCCUUCCGAUUUCUUCCCCUUGUGCUGUUCAUAUUCAUUCUCCUACCCUUCAAUGCCUUAGCCCAAACCAAAAGCACUGUUGCUGUGGGAGAUUCUCUGUCAGCAGGAAAUGGCUACUCAACAUGGCUGCUUUCACCUUCUGGAGAUUUUUCUUUUGGCUUUCACCCACUUGACAUCAACAACAAUGAUCUCUUCCUUCUUUCUAUUUGGUAUGCUAAAAUCCCAGACAAGACCAUAGUUUGGUACGCUAAUGGCAAUAAACCUGCACCAAAAGGCUCCAAAGUACAACUUACUUCUGAUCGUGGUUUUGUUCUUACUUCUCCUAAUGGCACUGACCUAUGGAAAUCACAAGUAAUUGAUGUGUCUGGUGUUGCUCUGGCUGCUUUGAAUGAUACUGGAAACUUGGUACUUCAAGAUCCGAAGUUUAAGGUUGUCUGGGAGACAUUUAAGGAUCCCAGAGAUUCCUUGUUGCCAACCCAGAUUCUUGAGAAGGGAGGGAAGCUUUUUUCUCGAACAUUCGAGGCGAAUUUCUCCACGGGAAGGUACCAGAUCUUUCUGCAACAAGAUGGUAAUCUGGUGUUCUACUCAGUAAACUUACCAUCUGGGUAUGCAAAUGAGAACUACUUUGAAAGUGGCACAGUCGUGUCCAACUCAUCAAGCGCAGGUCAUUUACUGGUGUUUGAUCCAUCAGGAGACUUGUACGUUUUGAAAGACGACAAUGAAAGAUUCAGCCUCUCACCUAGUGGAAAAACUCCCUCUAAUGACAUAUCCACAGGAUUUUAUCUCCGAGCAACUCUUAAUUUUGACGGGGUUUUCUCUCUCUACAAAUAUCCAAAGAAUAAGAAUUCUUCAGAUCAGAAACAAAGUUGGAUUCCUGUUUGGUCUCAACCGGAGAAUAUAUGUACAAGUAGUCUGGCAAGUGCAGGAAGCGGAGUAUGUGGAUACAAUAGCAUAUGCGAUUUGAAUGAUGCACAAAGGCCAAUUUGCCAGUGUCCACAAGGGUAUUCCCUGAUAGAUCCAAACGAUGCGUAUGGAAGUUGCAAGCCAGAUUUCACACAGGGAUGUGAAGAAGAUAGGAGGCUACAUGACUUUCAGGUUCUGAUAAACACAGAUUGGCCACUUUCAGAUUAUGUGCUUCAAAGGCCUUUUACUGAAGAAGAAUGCAAACAAUCUUGUUUGGAGGAUUGUUUCUGUUCAGUGGCGAUUUUCAGGUUGGGUGAUAGCUGUUGGAAAAAGAAGCUACCACUUUCGAAUGGAAGGGUUGAUGCGAAUCUCAAUAAUUCUAAGGCAUUUAUUAAAGUGAAGAAGAAUAAUUGAUAAUUGUAUUGUAUUGUAAGUAAUUAUUGGUCCACAUCUGCCAUAACUAGGUCAUGGGGAGAACACUUAUGUCAUUUCAAGGUGUAGCCACAAAUAAAAUGUGUUUACUUUUAUAUAUGCUGCUGGAUAUUCUUAUGGAUGAGAAAACUCCACCCGAAUAAAUUGUCAUUAUAU